AUAGUUGGCUUCCUCCACUCCACUCCAAUCAAAAAUCAAAACCACAACUUGUUGAUUUAGCUGAUACUGGCCAGUAGAGCAGGAAGUUCUUGGUAGGGGAACAAGUUUCGAGAGGGAAACACAUCCACACACCAGAUGUGAGGUCAAGGAAGCACCCAAGCUAGAGUGGUGGCACAGGGGAGGUCCAAGGGGGUGGAGUCAAUAACUCUAAGGACCUGCCCACUUCUGCCUUUCCCCCGGCCCUGGGGACAAAGGGACAGGAGCUGUGGAACCCUGGCAUUCUGCCCACCACCCCAAGGCCCAGUAAGGGACAUGAAGCAACUGGGAACUGCCUGGCUCCUGCCGUUGCUGUUACUGCCCACGACAACGGUUCCUGCCUUUCCUUUCCCAGAAAAAGAUCAUUGGACAAAUUCAGGUUGUGGUCAGUCAAUCCUGAAGAACCAGGUGAAUGGGCGCAUCGUUGGAGGCAAAAAAGCCUAUGAAGGGGCUUGGCCAUGGCAGGCUAGUCUGAGACGCAACCAUGCCCACAUCUGUGGGGCAACUCUCAUUUCCCAUAGCUGGGCUCUCACAGCUGCCCACUGCUUUCCCCCGCCUGUCAAGUUGCCCCAGUUCCAGGUAGUCCUCGGGGAACUUCAGCUCUUCUCCAGCCCAAAACAGUCAAUCUCAAGUCCUUUGAGCAAGGUGAUCCUGCACCCAGACUAUUCCGGGUCAGACGGCUCUCGGGGGGACAUCGCCCUUGUGAAGUUGGCGCAGCCUCUCAGCUUCUCCCCAUGGAUUCUGCCUGCCUGUCUCCCCAAGGCCCACAACCCCUUUUACACCAAUGUGAGCUGCUCUGUGACAGGAUGGGGGAACAUAAAGGAGGGAGUCCAGCUGUCCCCACCAUACACCCUUCAGGAAGCAACGCUGCCACUGAUUGAUGCCAAGAAGUGUGACAAGAUCUUAAACAAUCAUCAGCACCAGAUCACCAAUGAAAUGAUCUGUGCUGGCUAUCCGGAAGGGGGUGUGGAUGCCUGUCAGGGUGACUCUGGUGGCCCCUUGGUGUGUCCCUAUCUGGACUCCUGGUUCCUGGUAGGAAUUGUAAGUUGGGGCAUUGGCUGUGCCCAACCCCAAAAACCAGGUGUCUACACCCUUGUCUCUGCCUAUGGGGCCUGGAUCCAGAGUAAAGCAACAGAGAUAAAGCUGGGCUUCUAUAACAUCACAGUCCGGAGUGCUGCUAACAUACAGACUCGUGGUCUCCACCUCACCAGCUUCCUUCUGAUCCUGUGGAGCCUUGCCAGCUGCUGCUGAAUUCCUCCUCACCAGCUGCUGCUUCCCCUGCUAGCCCUCCUCCCACUGUGCCCCACACACAUCCAAAUCCUUUUCCAAAUUCCUCUCAAGUAUCUUUCACUGUCAAAGGACCUUUCCUCUGCCCUGAGUAUAACCCUAGAGACUUGGGUAUCCCUGUCCUGUCCAUACAUCUCCCCCAACUAGGGUGAGAUAAAGAUAGCGCUUCAGUAUCUAACUCCUCCAUCUCUCUCUAGUAAAGAUGCCAGGGGAAAGAUUAACAGAAAGUCUUCUGGGCCCCAGCCAGGAACCAAUCCUACCAGUUGUCUCUCUACUCCAACGAGUGGCAGAGGAGAUGCAGCUGUCAUUAGAGAGCAAAGCAAAAGGGAGAGGGGGAAGCAGCUGAAGAAGAGGAGGCAGGAAUGCAAGACCUGGAUUGUGAGCCAGAAGACCCUACAGAAUUCCCACUUUGCCAAGGAUUCAUUGGGCAAAUCAUUUUCCCUCCCUGGGCUUCAUUUUCUCCUCAGUAAAAUGGAGGCCCCAUAAAGUCAAAAGCCUGCCCCUCGUGAAUAUUUUAUAAGCCUGCAAGGGGUCAAGCUAAGACAUCCUUCCAGGAAAUGAAUGAGAAAAGUGAAUGCUUAAUGUACCUCAGUUUUCAUGCUCAAGAAGACUUGUUGUAUCUAUUUCUUGGGUGUUGUAAUAGAGGAUUCCCAGAAGAGGCAGCCUGGGCUUGUUGUGGAUGGGGGAGGACUCAGGUGAAAUGUUUAGGGAAAGGAGCCACUGGAAGAACCAGCCCCUUGGUGAUCUUCAAGGAACAGUGGAAAAAGAAAACCUCUAUACAAUGAGAGGGCAAAGAAAUAGAGAAAGGAGAAAAUAGAUUAGAGACCAAAGGAUUCAGAAACUGAGAAAUGAGAGAUCAGAAAAACCAAGAAUUUUAAGAGACAGAAGAAAAAAUUCAUAGACAAAAGACUACAGGAAGAAGAGAGACAAGAGACUAGCCAAAAGCUAAAACAAGAGAUAGAAAAGUGCCCCAGAAAGACAAAAAGAGAAAACAGAUUCAAGAGAUAGACUAAUAAUUUAGACAAGAGUCUGUUAACUAGAAAAAACAUAACUAUUAAAUAGUCAAAAUCACUCUCAUCAAGGGCAAAAGGGGUUCAGCACUAAUAGACCUAGAUAACAGAGCUGCUCGCUCCCCACGAUUCUGAGGAUUGAACUCUGGCCACUGAGGAUUGAACUCUGGCCACUGGGAUGAACUCCGAGGAACAAAAGAACAUGGGGAACCUAUAUACCAUUCUAGAUGACCUGGAGGCUUAGAGUGAGAGGGACAGUUGAUUGACUUUAUGAUGGCCACCCAAAUUACCAGGAUGUCCAUUGUCUGGUGAAGUGGGACCUUCCCUCAGGGGGAAACUCUCCUGUGACAAGGUCAAAACCUGGGGUUUCUACCUCCCUACUAAAUAAACUGGGGAUGUCUAGAUUUCCACGUUGACAAGACAAGAGACUGAGAGAGGCCCAGAGACACCCAGAUUGAGAGGAAGGGGGAUGAGGAUAUUUUUUAAGAUAUGUAAUUCAUGGCCUGCCUCAUAUUUAGUUCUCAGCACACAUUUACAAUAGGAAGUUCCUGUCUGUCUGAUUUCAAUCCCUUCGGUUUAGUAUUAAAUUGGUUUCCCUUUCCGUGAA